GUGUUCUUGAUCAUCCUGGCUUUGCUGUUGGCUGUUGAUGCCACCCCAACGGUCAACUACCCCGUCAAUGCGCAAUUGCCUCCUGUCGCUCGAGUAUCGGAACAGUUUGAGUUCGUCUUUUCCGACAGCACCUUUACCAACAAAGGGUCGGGAACGAAGUACUCGAUAUCCAACGCGCCGUCAUGGCUUCAUUUGAAUGAGAGCAGCAGGUUAUUUUAUGGGACACCGCAGUCCAAAGACGUCGGGCCUGCAGCCUUCACCUUGGUGGCAUCAGAUCAGUCCGGGUCUAGUGAUAUGGACGUCACCUUCGUUGUCAUGAAAGAGAAAGGCCCCGGUCUCGGAGAGUCAUUGCUUCCAUCCCUGGCAAAUUCCGGCUCGACCGAGCCGCCAUCAUCGAUCUUGUUAUAUCCAGGAAAUUCUUUCAACUUCGCUUUCGAUCGCGAUAUCUUCACCAACACCGACUCGAACACCAUAUACUAUGCAACAUCUUCAGAUAACUCUCCUUUGCCAUCCUGGAUUGGAUUCAAUGCCGCGACGCUCCGGUUCUCAGGGAACACGCCCUCGUCGCCCUCUUCGGGACCUCAGACCUACACGUUCCAUGUCAUUGCUUCGGACGCGGCUGGAUUUAGUGCCGCUACCGCUAGCUUUGAUAUUGUCGUUGGCACACACGUCCUGGCCUUCCGGAACAGCACCGAGACUGUCCAACUCACCCGGGGACAGAAUUACACCAGUCCCAGCUUUCGCGAGACCCUGACGCUGGACGGCAAAUCACCCGCAGGCGACAAUCUGACCACUAUCAAGGCGGAUUCUCCGAGCUGGCUUGCCUUUAACACGGCCUCUAUGUCGCUUAGUGGCGUGCCCCCGACCGACGCCCAGGACCAAAACGUGACAAUUUCGGUCACGGAUGCUUAUCAGGACGUCGCGAAAUUGAUGGUUUUUCUGCGAUUCUCCAAGUCAUUACUUGAGGGCGUCGAGGACUGCAACGUGACGAUUGGCCAGAAUUUUACGUGUGCCCUCAGCAAUCCUGGCUUGAGUAACGGCAGCGUCCAACUCGAUGUGAAAGUGAGCCCCGACGCAGCUUCAUGGUUAAAAUACAAUCCUCAGAACAAGUCACUAUCCGGACAUGUGCCGGCUGAUUUGAACUCUCAGACAGUUUCUGUAAAUCUGACUGCCAGCGAAGGCUCUGCCACGGAGACCCGGGAAUUUCCUGUGUACGUCCAAAAGUCAAAAGACAGCCAAGGGGACGCUGCUUCUUCGACAGGGUCUGGCAGCAGCGGGAUCCAAAAGAAGAAAGCCGGGGUGAUUGCCAUCUCUGUCAUUAUCCCAUUCGCCGCCCUGAGCAGUCUCAUAAUCCUGUUCUGCUGCUGGCGUCGCAAGCGCAAAGCUUCCAGGGGCUUGGAAGGCGGAGAGGGCCUUUCAAAGGAAAAGCUCCAAAUCUCUCGGCCUCAGCUUCAAGAACUGAUGCACUGCCAGCCGUUCGAACAAACAGUCGCAAGGGAAAGACCGAGAACAAGCGGUAGCCCGACCCAGGCUCCUGACCCCCCGCCGCGGCUGGAAUUAUCACCGCUGUGGACUACGGAUUCUCUCGAACCCAAAGCGCAGAUGCAAGAUUCAGCAAACGUGUCGACCCAGAGCUCUCAGCCAAGAAUCAGCUGGGGAUUCAUACCUAUGAGUAGUACCGAUGUUCGUGAAGACAAGGAGAAUGAAAACCCCGCGUCGCCGUCCAAGGAAAGCAAACGCCUCUCACAAACGAGCCCUCUCGUGCGUCGACGGACCACCAACUACUCCCGCAAACGCGAGCCUCUCAAGAGCAUCCAGCCCCGGUCUUUGAAACGCGACUCUGUGGCGUCCUCGAGAUCCAAGCGCAACUCCAGACGAUCGAGCGGUAUCCAGUCCGUCUCCUCCGGGUUACCCGUACGGCUGAGUGGUGCUGGCCACGGCGCAGGCGGGUUCGGACCUCCUGGUCACGGAGUAGUGCGCGUCUCAUGGCAGAACACACAGUAUUCUCUACGCAGUGACGACAGCAGUCUGGGUAAUUUAGCGCCGCUGUUUCCACGACCCCCACCGGCGGCUCGGAUGCGCAACAGCAUGUCGAGUGUACCAGACGCAUCAAAACGGGUGAGCCUGCGGGCCGUCCAGCCGUCGCAUUCUAUCAUCUCUGAAUCUGGCUCUCUGGAGGCGUUUGUGCACAGCCGAGCCAAGCAUCGCAACUCGACGAACCCGCUCUUCUCGGCCAACAUGAGCCGGCGGUCGUCGUCUGGCAUGCGAGCGAUAGAGAAGGCGCGUAGCGGGCGCAGUCGGACCAACACGCUGGCCUCGAUCUCGACGGAGACGGACGAGAACAGCAGCAGUAGUGGGGGCGGCGGUCAUUACCGGAGUGAGCGGCCGUACUCGGCGUCUCUAUACACACAAGACCACCGACAGUCGACCUACAUGCGCCCCAUUUCGCAGUUCUCGCACAUGCUGCCACGGAUCCCGGCCUCCAAGGAACAGAGCCAGUCGAGCCUGGCGCAGGGAUACAGCGAGAUGGUGGCACCGCUGCCCCAGUUCUGGAGCGAAGCCAGUCUCGGAUCAGGACGAUUCGAG